UUCACUUCUCUUUGAUUAGCCACUCAUUCCUCCUAGUUAUAUUUUUUCCACCUUUGUUUCUCCACUUCACACCAUGUAUACAAAUCAAAGAUCAAUAAGUAACGGAUCAUCUGCAGAUCAAGACGACCUUAUAAUCAGAGAUAUACAUGCGUUGACACCACCACAUCCACCAGCAAAUAAUAAUAAUCGAAGAAGAGAAGCAUGGGAAACUAGUAGUCAUAUAUCUGAAAGCAGCAGUAGUACAGUUCCGAGUGAAAAUUUUACAACUAUGAGCCGAGAAUUCAAUGCUUUAGUACUUGCUGGAUCAUCAACACUUGGCGAUAACGGCACCGAGAACGAGCACGGUGGCGGUGGAAAUAAUAAUAUUAAUCAUCUACUUAGUAGAAUUGGAGAAGAUGAUAACAGUGAUCAUCAUGAUCAUAAUGAUGAUAUACCUCAAGAAGAAGAAACAAAUCCUUUGGCUAUUGUUCCAGAUAAUUAUAAUCAUAAUUUUGAUCCUGUUCCUUCACCUGGCGCUGCUACGACUAGUCGACGCAAUACUAAUACCAUGUUAGUAACGGGAUCUUCAUCUUCUUCAAGUAACAACAACAAUAAUAAUAAUUGUAAUAAUAACCAGAGUCUAGUUGAAGAUAUUACGGUGAACCGAGUAAAACGGGAAGAGACUGAAUCAAAGAUAUCUGCAUGGCAAAACGCAAAGAUUUCGAAGAUCAAUAAUCGGUUUAAGAGAGAAGAUGCAGUUAUUAAUGGAUGGGAAGGUGAACAAGUUCAAAAAUCCACCUCUUGGAUGAAGAAAGUUGAGAGAAAGUUAGAGGAGAAAAGAGCAAAAGCACUUGAACAUAUGCAAAAUGAGGUGGCGAAAGCACAUAGAAAAGCAGAAGAAAGAAGAGCAUCAGCUGAGGCCAAAAGAGGAACAAAAAUUGCUAGGGUUCUUGAAAUAGCAAACUUGAUGAGAGCGCUCGGAAGACCCCCGACAAAACGUUCUUUCUUCUAAUCAACUGCAGAGUGCAGGACACUUAUGGCAUUAGUACAUCCUUGGCCCUUGGGGAUCAAAUUCAUAUCAUCAUCUCAACUUUCAGGGAACAUUUAUCUUGAUGAUUAAUGCACCCCAUCUUGUAUUCUUUUUAUUCAUUUAAGAGGUGGGUUUUAGUGUGGGAUUUGUGAUAAGUUGGGAUAAGAGUUGCACCCAACAUAUAAACUUUAGUGGGUAGUAUUAAUAUUUUGGUACUUAAAAUAUUUAUUUUGGUGUUUUAUUAUUGAGUGGGUAAUCACCUGGCACUGAUCAAGAAAAAUAUGCAAUCGUGUGUUGUUUUUAU